GACACCAAGCUCUCUGACCAGCUAUUUCCUGUUGAGUCAGAAACACCGUGAAACCGGUUCCAUCCACUAAAGCUAUCUUGAGGAAGGUGAACCUGUGAUGUCCGCUCUGCCUAAAGACAAACCCCAAAGAAAAGAGAAGAGGAUGGGUAAGGCACCCUCAGAAGGAGGCCAUGGGCAUAAAGCCAAAGAUGUGACCAGCAGGCCCAAAGACUCAAUAAGCACUGUGUCGUACAUGGACGAACUAGGACACCAUGAUGACAACCCUCGAAUGGCUGUAGCAAUGGAGAACACCUACCGGAUGGGACCCGAUAAGCGCUUCUCAGUUCCUGCUCUGACAGCCAUACUGAAGGAUGUGCUGACCAGUUACCUCCAAGAGGAGAAAUAUGAAGCUGAGUGGGCUCGACAGAUGACAAAAACACUAUGUGAGGUGAUACGAGCCCGUGUGAAGGAGCUCGGGAUUCCACGCUAUAAGACGGUCAUCCUGGUUCACAUCGGUCAGCUCACCGGGCAGGGGAUGCAAAUCAGCAGCCGUUGUCUGUGGGAUGCAGCGAAUGAUACCUUUGCCUCUUAUUCUUUGAAAAACAGCUCGUUGUUUGGUGUUGCAAAUGUUUUCUGUGUUUAUUUUGAGUAAAUCCAACAAGACAAAUGGACUCAAGAGACUUAAAAUAGUUUCUAAUGGUCAUGAAAAAGAGUCAUUUAUUACUUUUACCAAGGAUGUUACAUGAUCACUAGGUCUGU